AUGACCUCCAUCCCCUUCCCACCACGACCACCACCCCCUGUUCACCACGACCACCACCCCCUGUUCACCACGACCUCCAUCCCCUUCCCACCACGACCACCACCCCCUGUUCACCACGACCUCCAUCCCCUGCCCUCCAUGACCUCCAUCCCCUUCCCACCACGACCACCACCCCCUGUUCACCACGACCUCCAUCCCCUGCUCACCACGACCUCCAUCUCCUGCUCUCCACGACCUCCAUCCCCUUCCCUCCACGACCACCAUCCCCUGUUCACCACGACCACCACCCCCUGUUCACCACGACCUCCAUCCCCUUCCCACCAUGACCUCCACCCUCUGCCCUCCAUGACCUCCAUCCCCUUCCCACCACGACCACCACCCCCUGUUCACCACGACCACCACCCCCUGUUCACCACGACCUCCAUCCCCUUCCCACCACGACCACCACCCCCUGUUCACCACGACCUCCAUCCCCUUCCCACCACGACCACCACCCCCUGUUCACCACGACCUCCAUCCCCUGUUCACCACGACCUCCAUCCCCUGUUCACCACGACCUCCAUCCCCUGCUCACCACGACCUCCAUCUCCUGCUCUCCACAACCUCCAUCCCCUUCCCUCCACGACCACCAUCCCCUGUUCACCACGACCACCACCCCCUGUUCACCACGACCUCCAUCCCCUUCCCACCAUGACCUCCACCCUCUGCCCUCCACGACCUCCAUCCCCUGCUCACUACGACCUCCAUCCCCUGCACUCCACCUCUGCACUGUGUAUUUGGUAUGAAUCAGGUGAUCAGGAUUAUGUAAUCUUGAUUCACAUAUCAGCUUCAGAGCAUUUAUUCCAUGGACCAGGUUUAAAGCGAAGGCUCAGUGCUCCACUGAUGAUGCAUGACGCUGGAGCAGAUGCGCCUGUCAGUCUGUGUGCAGUUUUCCUCACAGUCUACUGGGCAUGUGUUUGUGAUUUGUUCGAAAUCCCCCAGAUGCACGUCACUCCUGCGACGGUGGCAGGAGAAGCAGGUUUUUAG